GCGCUAAUCUCAUAAUAGUGUUUUACUCGAACGUUACCAGCUUUGGCCUAACUUGCGGCUUCGGGACUGGCUUUGGUUGUCUAAUUAACCGACAAACUUGAAGAUUUCCGUUGUGGGUCCGCCUACGCAACGUAUACUCAAUUACUGUACCAGCCUGGUGUACGGCCGGGAAUCCUAAUCGUGUGAAUGAUUCCAGUGCGGUGAUCGGGUACAUUAGGCUGCUAUAAAUGCCAGUCUUUGAGCUCGGAGGUUCUAAUCAUGGCUUUAUUCCUCACCUUGUCUUAUAUCUGCCUGCUCAGUGCGACAUAUCUUGUAUACAAACGAUUCAAACGUAUUUCGAUUGCCAGUGUUCCAGGGCCACAAUGGAAGUCUUGGGUAUAUGGAAACUUGUCUGAACAUCGUAAAGGCGAGGCAGGAGAAGUCGACUUUAAAUGGCAAGCCCAAUAUGGCGACAUCAUUCGAGUCCGAGCACCAUUGGGAGAAGACCGUCUCCUGGUUUCCGAUCCCAAAGCCCUUCAGUAUAUAUAUCAAACUAGCGGUUAUAGAUUCAUCAAACCCCCAGGUCGUAAGGAGCUCGGACGACUACUCACAGGAAACGGAAUACUCUUAGCAGAAGGCGAUGACCAUAAGAGACACCGUAAAGUUCUCCUACCAGGUUUUGGGGGGCCUGAGGCGAAAUACUAUGUACCAGUGUUUUUCGCACAUGCUAGCAAGAUGGGGUCGAAGUGGAAGGAGCUGAUCUCCACAACUGACGAACAGUCUGUCAUUAUCAACGUCCCUUUAUGGACGUCGCAUGCAACAUUGGAUGCCAUCGGCGUGGCGGCGUUUGAUUAUCAGUUUGGCGCUCUCGACAACCUGGAAAAUCCUCUGACUGUCGCAUAUACAAACAUGCUAUUUGAUACUUUUGCCGUGCCUACCGACAACAGCACCCUAUCGAUGUGUCUGAUGGAUUGGUUGCCUAACUGGUUUAUUCGAUUUAUGAUUGAGAAGGCGCCAAUCGAUCGACUGGAGCAUGUCAGAAAGACGCGAGAAUUAACCCGCCAGGUCGCAAAGCAGCUGGUGAAUGAGAAAUACGAGGCACUUGCCGCGGACAAACCUAAGAGGGACAUCAUGAGUUUGUUGGUGAAAGCGAAUGUUUCCGAAAACCCGAAGACACAACUCGACGAUGAAGAACUUCUUGGCCAGAUGAACACGAUCAUGUUUGCCGGUCACGAAACGACUGCUAAUACACUCUCGUGGACGUUCCUUGAACUCGCGAGACGCCCUGACGUUCAAGACCGCCUAAGAGCGGAGAUCAGAGAGAAAGAAAAAGCAAUCUUCAAGCGCGGUGAUACCGAGUUCUCCGUACAGGAUCUGGAUAGCAUGUCUUAUCUGACUGCUGUGGUGAAGGAGGUGCUUCGCUUCCAUCCUGUCGUCUAUAAUAUUGAAAGGUCGGCAACUCGGGACGACGUGCUUCCUUUGAGCAAACCCGUGACCCUCACCACGGGCAAAGUGGUACAAGAGAUACCUAUACCUAAGGGAAUAACUAUCACUGCAUCGAUCACCGGCUAUAAUAGAAACAAGGAUGUGUGGGGAGAAGAUGCCCAUGUUUUCGAUCCCACGCGGUGGUUCCAAGGAAAUAUGAGUAAGGAAGUGUCAGUUGGCGUCUACGGGAACUUGUUCAAUUUUGCUGGAGGACUCAGGUCUUGUAUCGGCUGGCGAUUCGCUGUCCUUGAACUCCAUGCAUUUAUCACUGAAGUUAUCAAUAAUUUUGAAUUUUCGUUGACUAAAGAGUCGGAGCGGAUUCGGCGGGAGGCUUGUGGCAUUAUGACACCGACCGUGGAAGGCGAGGUGGAGAAGGGUUCACAACUUCCACUGAGAGUAGCGGUUGCUUCUCGCGAUUGAACAUUUAAUUUUACAUAGGCUAAUGAUACAUAAUUUCAAGAUGCAUUAGGCUGGGCGGAGAGGCGUAUUGUCGUUGUCUGAGUGAUGAAAUGGACGAACGGUUCCGAGAAAGAGGAAGGGACGCAAACGACUCCACCCAUCAGGCCUAAGGUCCGAUGUGGAAUAGUGUUGCAUGUCACUUUACGACACGUGAUGUUGAUGCCGGUCUGGAAUUAGAUG